CGACAUCGCAAAGUCCGUCCUCCGCACCUCUCCCCAGAUUGCGACGCAGCGCAUCCAUUGCGCUUUCUACAGUCACAAUGGCCGUCGACGCGAUGGAGAUUGACACACACAUUGCCUCGCCGGCAGCGAAUCGCUCGCCGGAGAAGGAGCGCAAGCGCAAGCACAAGGACACUUCGUCCCCAUCGAAGAAGAAGCGCAAGCACACGAUUACCGAAGAAGAAGCGACGCCGAUGCCUAUCCGCGAGAAGAAAAGCAGCAGCAGCAAGAAGUCAGCCACCAAGAUUCAAAAGAAGUUCACGACUACACCUGCCGAAAGUUCCCCCUACACCCUCACCACCGCCACCCUCUACCUCCCACUGUCGCCCAUCUCCAUCUCCCCGACCCACGCGCAGGCCUCGCUGAUGGCCGAGCACCUGUCCCCGCUGCUCCUGACCUACUACCCGCCGCUCGAGGGUAUCGUGCUGGCCUACUCCAACGUCACGAUCUCCAGCACGCCGCCCAACAGCCCGGAGUCCGCCGCGGCGGCCGCGGCCACCGAAGACCACCCGCAACCCCUCACCCUGGCGCGCACGGCCGGCGAAUACGGCGUCCUCUACGUCUACCUCACGGCGACCUUCCUCGUCUUCCGCCCGCAGCGCGGUCAGCUCCUAGAGGGCUGGGUCAACGUACAAUCGGAGGGGUUCCUCGGCGCCAUCGCGCUGAACCUCUUCUCCGUGGGCAUCGAACGGAAACGCCUCCCCUCCAACUGGAAGUGGAUCCCUCCAGGCGACGAACACGAGGACGAAACCACCACCACAACUACCACCACCACAACUACCACAACCGCUAAGAGCACCCCUAAUGACGAAACUAACCCAUCCACCACCACCGCCUCAGAUGACUCGGACUCCGACUCGUCAGAAUCCGAAACCAAGCCCAAAUUCGACCCGGAACUCGAACACUUCAGCCCCGUCACCCUCGCCUCCGACGCCAACCCCCUUAACCCCUCCAACUCGAACCCCGACAUCUCCACCCACGACCCCACCCCCAAGGAUGAUGAUGAUGACGGGGUAGAGGGCUACUUCCAGUCCGUGUCGGGCCACCGCGUGCGCGGCACGAUCAAGUUCCGCGUGGUCGACAUCGACGUCAUCCCGGGCUCGGAGCGGGACCGGGGGUUCAUCAGCAUCGAGGGCACGAUGCUCAGUCCCGAGGAGGAGGCGCGGGUGCUGGAGGACGAGCGGAACGGGAUCCUCUCCACCGGACUGGGCAGUAGCGGGAGUGGCAUGGGCACUCCUCGCCGCCAGGUGAGCGUCGACGCGCCGCCCUCGGUCUCGUUCACCGUCCCGCUCAGCGCCGCGCCGGCGGAUCGGGUCGAUGAACUCCGGGACGUCGUCGACAAUGCCCCAAAGGCCGAAGUCACUGCUACUCCCACAAAAACCAGCAACAGCAGCAGUAAGCCCAAGAAGGAGAAGAAGAGCAAGUCCUCCUCCUCCGGUAAAAAGGAGAAGAAGGAGAAGAAGUCCAAGGACUAGGUGACUCCCCAAUGAUUGUCAUCCCGUUUACUUUGCCCUUCGCAUGUGUGAGUGAGUUUGAGCGAGUGUGAGUGAGUGUAUCUACGGGGGAGGUGCAGCAUAUUUCAUGGUGGAAAAAAACGGAGUCGAGUUCUAAGCUCAUAUGCAAGCGCACCGCUUCCCGUUUUGGCUCCAACAGGCCAGAAACGGAAUUAUGUUGAUAGUGUGGCGGUCUUUUUGUCUUCUGCUUUCUCUGUUCAUCCUUAUAUACUUCAUCUUGCUUGCCUCGAUGCUCCUUUGCUGUAUCUCUUGCCGGGCGUUAGAUGGGUG